AUGUCAUGGAAGCACCGACUGCAAGCAAUGUCUGUGCUGCGGCAUUGGUUGCUGUGGACAUCACGGCCAUGCGCUGUUCGCAUGUUCAGUGCCGUGCACACUGCAACUAGGAAGUCGGUAGAUGCUUUAGCUAAAGCCCACAGCCUACCUCUCGUAUCACACACCCCCGUGAGCACUGCCCUGCCCAAUACGCUAGGACAUAAUCACUGUUUGUGGUUCCGCUUUAUUUGCACUAGCUCACCCGCUCAGAAAGCUGGCGGCAGAAGGGAUGACAGAGACCCCGGGAACAGAGCAGAUGCUGACUAUGUGGAGGAGGAGCAAGAAGAAGAGACAGAAGAGGAGACAGAAGAGGAUGUGGACGAGCUCUUAUCCCCACAAACUGUUAUAGAAGGGGCUCAGAGGAUAUUUAUUGUCCACCCAGAUGUGAAAUGGGGCACUAAGAAAUUACACUUAACCACUGCUGAAUUGCAGGUUGCUGAAGCUGAAGCCCUGGUACAUAGCCUUCCCAACUGGACUGUUAUAGACAAGCUAAUAAUGUCAACAAAAUCUCCAGACAGCAAAUUCAUAUUCGGCAAAGGAAAUUUUCAAAUUCUUACAGAAAUGCUUAAAGGACAUUCUCACAUAACUGCAGUUUUCGUGAAUAUGGAAAAAAUAUCUUCAGUGGCUAAGAAAGAAUUAGAAGCAGCUUGGGGUGUGAAGGUCUUUGACAGAUAUACAGUAGUUCUGAAUAUUUUCCGCUACAAUGCUCGCACAAGAGAGGCCAAGCUGCAGAUUGCGCUGGCUGAAAUACCACUUUUAAGGUCUAACCUAAAAAAUGAGUUGGCUCACAUGGAUCAACAAGGAGGGGGAUCAAGAUAUAUAAUGGGCUCAGGCGAGACAUUCACAGAAGUCCAGCAGAGACUGCUUAAAGAAAGAGAGCUAAAGAUUAAACAUGCAUUAGAGAAGCUUAGGAAAAAGAGAAACCUUCUCAGGACCCAGCGACGUCGAAGGGAGUUUCCCAUAAUCUCAGUAAUGGGAUAUACCAACUGUGGUAAAACCACUCUUAUCAAGGCCCUGACAGGCGAUGCAGACCUCCAGCCCCGUGACCAGCUUUUUGCCACCCUUGAUGUUACAACACAUGCUGGCUUGCUCCCCUGUCGUAUGCCAGUUCUUUAUGUUGACACUAUUGGAUUUCUCUCACAGCUUCCACAUAACCUGAUUGAGUCCUUCUCAGCAACACUGGAAGAUGUUGUGUAUUCGGAUUUAAUAGUCCAUGUGAGAGAUAUAAGUCAUCCUGAAGCCACAAAUCAGAAAACAAGUGUCCUGUCAGUUUUGAAGAAUUUGAAUAUACCACAUCAUCUUCUUGAUACUAUGGUCGAGGUUCACAACAAAAUUGAUUUAGUUGAAAAAUAUGAGGCCUCUGCAGACGCAUUACCGCUGUCUGCUCUUCUUGGGCACGGAUUGGAAGACCUAAAGCAACAGAUUGAAACUGGUGUUAUGAGAAGCACUGGAAGAAAUAUUGUAACCAUCAAUGUAAACCUGGCAAGCCCACAAUUAAGCUGGUUGUAUAAGGAGGCGUCUGUACAAGAAGUAAAUGUGUUGCCAGAAGAUGGUAGAGCCAAUGUUCGAGUUAUAAUAACCACCGCUGCUCUGGGAAAAUAUAAGAAACAGUUUCCUGGCUGAGAGUGGUUACCGGUUGCAUAUGGUUCACAAUGGCUAAAUGAAGAUUUUUUUUUUCUCUGCUUUGAAGAGAACCACUGCCACUUGGGGGAUGGCUGAAGACUGUUAACAUAACCUUGUUUUACUACAAUGUAUUUAUUGGUAAAAAUACUAUGUUCAGGAUUUGCCAGUUUACUGUGUCACUUGGUCAUGAUCUCCUAAAAAAAAAAAGGUUGCAAGAUAAUUUAUAAAUAAUAAAAUUUAACAUAUUUUGCAAAGAA